GCCCUAACGUUCACCCUUGCUGUGGUUGACUUGGAAACCGUCGCAGCGUCGUUGUGAAGUUGGAGGACACCACAAUCACUGCAGGAAUGAAAGCCUUCCUCUCUGGAUUACUCUCCUUUUUCAUUCAGAAUGAGAGACAUUACGGUGCCUGAGGAUGCCAGCAGGUGAGAGUGAAGACCGGGCAAAAACCCGGGAAAGAUUCAAUGAAGUGUUUAAGAAAUACACUGAAACAGAGAAGAAAAAGUUGAAGAAGAAAAACACUGAAACUCAGGAGACCAUUGUGCUUCAGAAUCUAAAAAAGAAUCUCAACCUUGAGAAAGACACAGAAGCUGAUGAGACCAUCCUCCAGAACACAUAUCACCCUGAACAGGGCAGCCCUCGCUACACCAAGAACAAAAGGAGAGAGAAGGAAAUAGAAGAAAAGGUUAAUAUCAACAACAGUAAAAAUCAAGAGGAGAUUCAAACAUCAAAAACGAAGAGGAAGAGUAAGAGGGACCUUCCCACCCUCCCCACAGCUGAGGACGCCACAACUUACAACCAGAAGGAUAAAGAUGCUGCCAGGACUGAAAUUGCUCUUGAGCCAGAUGAUGCAGAUGGUGGAAAGUUACCAAAGCGAAAAAGUAAGAAGGGCAAAAGCAAAGGAGAUACAGAGACCAAAGCAGAGAGCCAGAUAGAGGACAAUGAGGACACAUUGCUGCAUGAAUACCAGCAGCAGAUUGCACAGGAGGAAGAGAAGACUCUGAAGAAGACGAGGGUCAAAUCAGAAGAAGAGAGCACUGUCUCCCAAAGUGUUACGCUGAAUAAUGAUGUUGGGAAGAAGAAAAAGAAGAAGCUAAAAUCUGUAGUUACAGAGUCAGAUAUUGGGGAUCAAGAUGAAGGAGCAGACCAGGAUGCUGAUGUAGAAAAUGAAACAGAACCCAAGGGAAAGAAGAAAAAGAAGAAGAAAAAGCAUGUUGUCAAAGAAGAGAGUGAAACUGAGGCAGAGGUACCACAGAAACCAACAUUUGAUGACAGCCUUGUGCUGGGAGUGUAUGUUCACAGAACAGAUCGCCUCAAGACAGACCUACUGAUCUCUCACCCAAUGGUGAAAAUCCAUGUCGUUGAUGAAAUCACUGGACAGUAUGUGAAGAAAGAAGACUGCCAUCGGCCAGUGUCCUCAUUUUAUGAGCAAGAGAACGUUGACCACAUUCUCCCCAUCAUGACGCAACCUUUUGACUUCAAGAAGAACAAAUCAAUCAUCCCCGAGUGGCAGGAGCAGAUCAUCUUCAAUGAACGCUUUGGUUACUUUGUUGAACAAAAUGAUGAAAGCCCCAGAGUCAUACUUUUCUUUGAAAUCCUGGACUUUAUAACCAUGGAAGAAGCAAGAGCCAACCUUGAUGUUGACAAGCAUGAACGAGGAUUCAGAAAGAUUGCGUGGGCAUUCCUCAAGCUUGUUGGCACGAAUGGUGUGCUGAACAUCGACAGUAAACUUCGUCUCCAGCUCUUCUGCCCUCCACCUCGGUCAAAGAGACAACCUAAAACAAUAGAGGUGGUCGAAUGGUGGAGGAAGUACCCACGACACAAAUACGCAUCCACACUUUAUGUUACGGUGAAAGGCAUUAAACUCCCUGAGCAUGUGGACCCCAGUAUCCGGUCCAUGAUGGCACUUCAGGAGGAGAGAGGCAGCACCUCCUACAGCGAACUGCAGAAUGAAGUCACCAAGAAAAGCCUGACACAGCCUCUGGACAACAAGCCGCCACUCUUGAGAUGGAGCAGGCUGCCUGGUCAGGUCUGUCGGAUUCCUAACAAGCCCAUGCUGGCAUUUCGUGGUGGUCAGAUGGGCUGUUUCACAGUCCUCUUCUCUCAUGCUGGGACGAUACUGGCUGCAGCUUGUGCUGACAGAGAUGCUUUCCCUGUUGUAGUGUAUGAGAUUCCCUCUGGUAAGGUUUUGGCUGCCUUCAGUGGUCAUCUUAAAAUAGUCUAUGAUCUCUGCUGGUCCAGAGAUGACCAGAGACUUUUGUCUGCCUCCUCUGAUGGAACUGUCAGAGAGUGGAAUGUGGAGAGGCUUCUGGGAACAGCUCAGAAGGUGCUCCCUCAUCCAUCCUUUGUGUACUGUGCUCAGUACCACCCCACAGCCCAGAACCUGGUGGUGACGGGGGGCUACGACAGUCUGGUGCGAGUGUGGAGGCUUGAUGUCGAUGACGUGAAUGGCCAGCUGCUGCAGGAGUUUGAGGGUCACAACAGUUUCAUCAACACAGUUUGUUUUGACACUGAAGGGAGGAGAAUGUUCUCCGCAGACAACACAGGCCUAAUCAUUGUGUGGCAAACUUCUGUAUAUGACAGCAGGCAGCGGCGGCCAUGUCAUCGCUGGUGUAUAGAGAGGAAAAUUGAUGAGAGUGACCUCAGUGGUAUCCCCAUCAACAUGCUGCAGCUCCAUCCAAACGGGCGGUGCCUGCUCAUCCAUGCCAAAGACAGUGUCCUGAGGAUGAUGGACUUGAGAAUUCUGGCUGUAAAGAAGUACAGCGGUGCCACAAACUACAGAGAGAGGAUUUAUAGCACUUUCACACCAUGUGGGAACUUCAUCUUUUCUGGUAGUGAGGAUGGGAUGGCGUAUGUCUGGAAUACAGACACAGGUGACCAGGUUGCAGUAUACUCUGAGCUUUGCUACCCCACUGCCCUCCAUGGUGUGGCAUUCCACCCUCACGAGAACAUGGUGGCUUUCUGUGCCUUCGGUCAGAGCCAGCCUGUCCAUGUAUACCUGUAUGACCGCAAAGUGUCCCAGCUGGAAGUGCACAGUAUUAAAGCAGUGAGCAGAUCAGCAUCUGUAGACCCCAAAACCGUCAGAAACACACCUGACCUGCCAGUGUCACAGGACAGAUCUGCUUCUUCAGCCAUGGAUCAGUUUGCCCAGUCAGCAAAACUCGCACUGAAAAUGCAGUGUGUCAAGGAACAGCUGGAUUCUGUACUUGAACCACAUCGAAGGUCUUCAACUCCUGGAUACAUUUUUGAGCAAGGUACUCUCACACAGGGAGGACUCUUUUCUUUUCAGGCAGGAUUAAAUGCCUCAUUACCACCUCCGUCUCUCCUGUCGCCGCACUCAAAGCUGCAGCUCUCUGGUUCUCUGGCGGAGCAGCUUAUCCCCCAGGCAGCGCUGAGCACCCAAACUCGCAGGUUCAGUCCAGUCGGUCAGCGUCUAAAAGGAGCUUCAUCUUUGAGGCUGCAGACGACCCUUCCUGACCACAUUCCUUCAGGCGUACAUGUGGAAACAGAUUCUGCCCCUGUUCAACAAGUGGUUGUCUCACUCUAUGACUACAGAGCUAAUCGUUCUGAUGAGCUGACCAUCCGCCGUGGCGAUGUCAUCCAAGUGCUGUACAAAGACAACGACAACUGGUGGUUUGGGCGACUGGUCAAUGGGCAGCAGGGAUAUUUUCUUGCUUCUUAUGUAGCAGAUGAGAGAGAGUUCAGUGAAGAGGUCACUCAGUCUGUAGAGGCACACUCAGCCCUGUCUGAGGGGACUGCUGAGAGGUCAACACCAACCAGGGUAUCUGCUGCAAUUAGUUCUUCUGGGGAACUUAGGUUUCUUUCUGAGCCGACCCUUUCUGACACCGAACCUGAGUUGACUGACGCCAAAACUAGAAGGAAGAAGAAGGUGAAGAAGCCAGGAGUCCCUGCACUGUCACCUCAGACCACAUUUUCAGAUGCAGAUGCUUCAGGGUCGACCAGCUACAGGAGGAGAGGCAGAUCAACAGACAGACCUCUCCCCAAGAGACCGACAGGCCGGACUAACGGUGCCUUUGAGCCUGAUGCAUAAACUCACAGACACAGCUGUUUUGAACUUGAGUGCUUUUGUCUUUAUUCUUUUUUCAUAUAAAACAAAUUUUUGUAAAGGAAACUAAUCUUGCAGUGUGUCAUAUUUAUACUUUUUUUAGAUGUUUUUAUAUUGAACACUCAGUAUGUUUAUAUUCUGUAUUUACAUACAGAUCAGUGAAAUGGUAAAUUUUGUUCACAAAAAUGUCUUCACAUCAAGAAAUUGUACAAUUCUGGAAAUUCUUUUUGUAUGUUUUACAUUGUAAGAUUAUUUAUCAAUGUAAACUAAUUGACUUUGGUUUUGUCAAUCAUGUAUAAUAAUAAUAAUGUUAUUUUACUGACAGUACAGGAAACUAAAUUUCUGUAAUAUUAUAGUUCUAUUUUCUUAGCCUGUAAGAGAUUAACAGUUUAUAUAUACCAUUUCCUUACAACUAUAAAAAUACAGAUUAUUCAUUUCUAAA